CUCCAGGGAUCUAGGCUAAGUUACGUGCGCGUGUGUUGGCGCCCCGGCGAGAUGAGCGGAACCGGGUCCGCCGGCAUGGCCCGGGGGUUGCGCGUGGACGGGCUGCCACCGCUACCCAAAAGUCUGAGCGGGCUGCUGCACUCGGCGGCGGGAGGCGCGGCGGGCGGCUGGCGGCACCUGGAGCGGCUGUACGCGCAGAAGUCGCGCAUCCAGGACGAGCUGAACCGAGGGGGCGCGGGCGGCGGCGGGACGCGGGCGGCGGGGAUGCGGACCAAGCCCCCCAACCUGGACGCCGCGUUGGCGCUGUUGCGCAAGGAGAUGGUUGGCCUCCGACAGCUGGACAUGUCCUUGCUCUGCCAACUGUACAGCCUCUACGAGUCCAUUCAGGAAUACAAGGGAGCGUGCCAGGCAGCCUCCAGCCUGGACUGCACCUAUGCACUGGAGAAUGGCUUCUUCGACGAUGAGGAGGAGGACUUCCAGGAGCAGGGCUCUUUGCAGGACGGGCAGCACAGAGGUUCUCCCAGGGACCCGUCGCCCCUUACCCACCUCUCCAGCAGUGACUGGCUUCUGGAGUCCAUCUAGCGCCUCUGGGGGGGUCUGUCAACACAGACUGGUAGUCUCUCUCUUCUUGCAAGAAAGUCCUUCAGCCUCUUCAUGGUGGACAGUCCGCGGGCAAAUGGGGACAUGCACCACUUAUUUUACUUGUGGUUGUGGAGUUCACUGACAUGGGGGACGGCCUGCUUAGUUGGCUGCAGGGUCUUACGGGUGACCCAGAGGCAUGUUAGAAUAUCCUAGACGCCAUUAGUAGCAUCUGCUGGAAGCUCUGACAGAAGGGUUCCGUGUGGAAAGCCUUCACAGGCAUCGGGUGAGGCUGCUCUCAGCAGGCUUCUUUGUAGGUGAUUGGUGUGUUGUACCCUCUUUGGCUGAGGAACGCCACUCUGGCAUGUGGGAUAUGAAGAGCAGCAUCUGCCUGCCUGGAACCCGCAGGGCGGUCUGCAUCUCUUCUUGCCAUGGCUUAGCUGUUAGCCCCUUUGCUCGUUUAUUUGAAAGCGGCAUCACUGAUUUUCCAGGGAACUCCUGAGAGCUUUCUAGAAGGAGGAAAUAUUCUGCCACACUGGUCAACUGCUUUUCUGCAACUACCAAAAUUAACAUCAGGUAUAGGUAGAGAGAGAGAAAAAAAAAAAACAUGAAUAUAUAUUGAAUGGGGUGGCAAGGAAACAAAUCCUGGGACAAACCAGUAUUUGUAUCACCCGCCAUGUGAUGGUGGCUGUGGUUACAGACUCUGAUUGUAAACUUCAGUGCUGGAAAACAAUGUUCCAAGCAGUACUUACCCAAAGCCUUAACAUUAUUUAUUAAAACAUUUAUGAGAACGUCACCCUCUGAGGGUUAAACAUGUGUAGCAUGCUCUUGGCACGUAUCGUUUGGAUCGGAGGUCUCGGGAUGUGGCUCGGUGGGUCCAGCAGGUACCCAGCAUGUCAGACACCUGGGGUUUCACCUUAGCAGCAUACCCACUGGGCAUGGCGCUGUACGCCUGUAAUCCCAGUACUGAGGUGGACGCUGGAGUAAGUUCAAGGUCAUCCUUGGCAACACAGAGUUCAGGGCUAUCCUGGGCUAUCCUUUCUAAAACAAAACAAGAAUUGUAUUCUGACUUCACACUCAGAACCUGAAUCCAACACACACUCAUAGGUCAGGGUUUGGUUUCUUUUCCCUUUUUUGACAUUAAGUCAAUUUUAAGACAUUUAUUUCUCAGUUAAGAUUGGACAGUCAUUUCAUUGGUACCAGACCACAUCUGCAGCAAGAUUUCACCUUGUGUCUUGGAACAGGCCGAGUGGCUCCUCCUUCAGUGAGUUGUCUGCUCAUCAGUGCCCUCUUGAGGCCAGCUUUGGGAAGUACAACUUAACUAUUCCAGUUGUCUCAACUUGGGGAUGGAUUCACUCAGACGGCAAUUACCUACAAGUCCAACCUGGCAAACCAAUAAGCUUAUUCAUGCUAUUUACUAGAGAACCAGUGAUGCCCAAACAGCCACGCCUUCAGAUAGCCCCUCUCCAGGAUGGCCGAUGGCCUCCCAUGGCUGUGCAGAUGAAGGCCCUCGACCCACUCCACCCCCCCUGAAGCUAACCUCUCCCCAUGUACUCUCUCACCUCUAAGGCCAGGAGACCAGAUGAAGCUGGGACAGCACUCCACAGGGCUGGGACGGCUUUGUGGGGAGGGGCGGACGACUCUCAGGGGAGGGCAUUAGUCAGCUCCGUCGGCUGAGGAACUGCCUCCUUCAGACUGACUUGUUGGCCUAUCUGGGGUUGCUUCUUAAUAGAUUGGUGUGGGAGGGCCCAGACUACUGUGAGCUGUGCUAUGCUGCCCCGGGCAGGUGGUCCUGAAUAGUGAGAGAAAGGUAGCCACUUAAGCCAGAGGGAUCAAGCCAGUGAACAGCCGUCUACCAGGAAGGGUCCUUGCUUCCCCCAUGACAGAAUGGACCCCGUAUAAGAAGAAAUAAACACUUUCCUCCUCCAGGUUGUUUUUGGUCAGUGUUUUAUCACAGCGAACUAGGACAGGCAGCAUUCAGUUACACGACAGCCUGAGCCUCAGUUACCAUGUCUGUGCUGUAAGGAAGGAGGUUAGACGGUGGAGGCGUACCCUGGCCGGUGACGGGAUGGUUCAGGCGGGACAUGAACUAGAAAGCAGGAGAUCUAGUCAGCCGAAGGGCCCUGCUUCGAGGCCGUCUCGCUUCACCGAGAUAAACCCUGGGUCUGCUGCUCCUACAUCUGACUGCACUAAGGUCGCUUGGGGAGGGGAGAGCUCCAGCAGAAGUGCCUCACCCCAAAUCUGGAUUAAAAAAAACAAAAACAAAAACCACUCCAUGUGCACUGGUGUUUACCCACAAGUAUGUUUGUGUGAGGGUAUCCGAUCCCUUGGAAGUGGAGUUGCAGACAGCUGUGAGCUGCCAUG